AUGGGCGGUGGUUUUGGUGACGUCAUCUUACCGUAUUUAUCAAUGACAGCUUUGGCGUCGACUGUUGGUGAGUGUUUUUUCGCAAAAAAUCUGCAUUUUUACGUAAAAUUUUGUGUAUUUCUUCUCGACUUGACGAAAAAUUGCACAUUUUCCAGGUUUCUUUCUCUGCGGGACCCAAAUCUGCUACCGUAUCCAUCAACGUGGCACAACUGAUGGCACAAGCCCCGCCCCUUUUCUAAUGGGUUUUAUUUCUUGCUCAUUUUUCAUUCAAUAUGGAUUUUUGAAACAAGAUGCGAUAAUUUAUUCGACAAAUGCGAUUGGAGCAUUUUUACAAGGAGUGUAUUUGAUCUACUUUUGGAGCAAAACGAGGAAUACGGUAGGCUUUUUACUAUGACUUGGUAAACUUUAAAAAAAAAACUGAAAAUAAGAUUCUGCUGAAAUUUUACACUGGAAUUUCAGUUGAAAUUUUUGAAGUCCUGAAAUUUGAUAAUUGAGAUUCGAAGAUUUAAAACCCUUGAGUUUUCAAUUAGACUUAAAACUGUUUGGAAAACAAUUUUUUAAGAAAACUUGAAAUUUAGUCAAAUUCAAAAAUAAAGUGUUUUUUAAAAGAAAAUUUCAAAAUUUAAUUUUGGUUAACUAAUCUUUAAAGUUAGCCCAACUCCGCCUCAAAACCUCUCCAAAAAUCUUUUCAGCGAACCCUCAACAAAAUCCUCCUCAUCGAAAUCUGCCUAAUUUCCACCCUAGUUCUUUACUGCAAAUAUUCCGGCGAAUCCCGUGAAAAUCUAAUCUUCCAAAUCGGCAAUAUUUGCAUUUUCUCAAAUAUUCUAAGUGUUGGUGCGCCUUUAAUGGAUAUUGGUACGGUAGUUUCGACAAAAUCCAGUGAAUCGUUGCCUUUUCCAUUGUGUUUUGCCAGUUUUGUUGUUUGUUUACAAUGGUUUGGAUAUGGAAUGAUUAUUGAGGAUAUGGUUAUUAUUGUGAGUUUUUUAUUCAUUUUCAAAACCUAAAUUCAUUUUUUUAUUGCAGGUUCCAAAUUUCAUCGCGACCAUAAUCUCAAUUCUACAAUUAUCACUAUUUCUAAUUUAUCCAGCGCCUUCGAAAAAAUACGAAAAAUUGAGUCAAAUAUGA